AUGGAUCAAAAGAAUCAAGAGCAGCCAAGGGAACAAGAGAAUCAUGCUCCAACAGGAACACAAGUAAAUGGAGAAAACCAAAAUCAUUCAAACCAGAUAAUGCAACUACCUCACCCUCUGAUUCACAGUGCAGGGGCUUCUACAUUUUCAUCUUAUCUGAGCAGAGAUCCAUUCCAACAUUUUCCUCACAAAUAUUUUAACCAACAAAACUUGCAGACGAAACUCGCCACUUUCUGGGCGAUACAAAACGAUGAAAUUCGCGAGACCAUGGACUUCAAAACUCAUCGGAUUCCUUUAUUACGGAUAAAAAAGAUAAUGAAAGCUGAUGAGCAAGUCAAUAAGAUAUCGGCUGACGCGCCUAUUCUGUUUGCUAAGGCAUGUGAGAUGUUUAUUAUGGAGCUAACAAUAAGGUCUUGGGCUAAUGCAGAUUUUAACAGAAGAAGAACACUUCAUAAGGGUGACAUUGCAUCUGCAAUAUCAAAUACUGAUGUAUUUGAUUUCUUAGUUGAUAUUGUUCCAAAGGAAGACACAAUGGAACAUGACAUAUUUAAGGAUAUACCAAGAAGUGAGUGUGUUCCAUUAAGGAAUGUUAAUGUUCCUUAUUAUGUGCCAGUUUCUCUGCAACCUCAGUAUGUUCCCAUGCAACCUCAGUAUGCUGCAGGUCCAUCCUAUUCCUAUGGUCCUCAAGGAAUGCUUAUGGGAGGACAUGUUCUCAAUCAACCUUAUUACAACAUGCAGCAGCUACCUCAACCUUUUGCAAAUCAAAGGUUUGCAAUUCAAAAACAGGAAAAUGAUGAGUCUAAUGAUUUGCGUGGUUCAGAGAAUUAA